GUCAGAGGUAAUUAGAGGUGUUUGGCAGGGCAGAUGCCCUCUGGUUGUGGCUGCCCCAUCCUUGGAAGUGUCCAGGGCCAGGCUGGACAGGGCUUGGAGCAACCUGGGCUAGUGGGAGGUGUCCCUGCCCAUGGCAGGGGCUGGAAUGAGGUGGGCUUUAAGUUCCCUUCCGACUCAAUCAAUUCUGUAAUUCUGUGAAGUCCUCAAUGGAAGCAGAAUGGCCAGUAAAUGGAUUUAAACUCGAAUUUAGUAAUGAAAGGCAUAGUUUGUUUAAAAACCAGUGUGGGAUGUGGCUGCAGUGAUGCUCCCCACAGGGACCAGAGGCCUGCAGCAGUGGGCUGCGAAUCCCUCUGGGAAUCCCUCUGGGAUGGCUCAUCUGUUCCCUGAUGGGUUUGAGACAGGUCCAAAGGUGCCUUCUGUUGGCAAGAAAUACUGGUUUGUGUACCCAGGUGCUUUGGGGCUUUACUGCUCUGGCUUUUAUUGACAGCAAGGAAGUGGAAUGGAGAAGAGAAACGUUUGCUGGGGCUGGGCUGAAAGAACAGGCUCUGUGCUCCAGGGACGGUCACUGACUGCUCCCCAGGCAGGGAUGGCAUUGUUUCUGCCAUCAUUCAGUGGAAUACUCCAGCCUGUGUGAGAGCAUCUAUAGGCACACACUUGCUGCCAGCACUGUGCUGUUCCCAGGCUGCUCUGCAGAGCACAGCUCCCUGAGCUGAGCUGGCACACAGGCUGUGGGCAGCCAGGGCUCCCCACCCAGCUCGGGCUGCUGCCACUGCCAGCUGGUGACUGGGGAAGUUUGUGCUGACAGUGUGUGUCCUGGAAAUCUGCAUUUUCCUGUUCUAAUCCAGAGGCAGCGACCUGAAAAACAACCACAGAAAGUCUUGGCUCUGCUUCAGUCCUCUCCUAUCAAUCCCCUAAGUCUCAAAAAAGGCAUUUAUGAUCCUUUGUUGUUGAGGAGCACAGAGGUCUUACUGGAGAGUCUUGUAUGAGCAAAAUCUUUAGGAAAAACGAUAUUAAAUGACCUCAGAAAGAUUCUGACUUAGUGCCACAUGCAGACAUGAGGUGACUCUUCUCUGCCUGGUUUCCCAGGGUAGCACUGGUCAUGAACAGAGAUAAUGUUCUGUCUGUGAUCUGCCUUUACAAGCACUUUCCCAUGCCCAAUAAAACACAGUAUUGUAAAAAAAUGAAUGUAACUGGCACAGUGCUUUCUGGAAACCUGAGCUGCAGCAGUGCAGUAAAACAGACAUUUUGGUGUCUCUGGAUCCCCCUCUGCUGCAUGUUUGUUACUUCCCUUUAGCACAAACCCCAGAAUCAAGCCUGUACAACCUUUCCCUAGUGUUUCUCUAAACAGUGGCAGUUCCUCGUAGCUCUGCAGAAUCUCUGAGGCCUGUAGAGAUUUUCAGCUAAAGUUAUUAUGAAAAAUAAGAAUAGCUCCUGGUUGUAGGUAGUUCUGCUGCCUCUGUUUGCAGAGAAGGAGCAAGUCCUGCCUUGGGACAGGGCUGGAGUCUGAGGUUCAGCUCAGUCUGGAGCUUUUCCCUCCUGUGGAUGUGGUUGCCCUGGGUGAAUGUGGGCAUGGGAGUGGUUUCCAGUGACCCUCUCCUGACUGCUCACCUUGGGUGAAAUCUUGUGUGUGUUAUGUACAAAGGUGUGGACACAUCUUUUUUCUUUACUUUCCCUCUUCCCCUCCAUCUCUUCCCUUUUGUUCCUUCUGGUAGUGACAGUGGUGUUGGCAGUCAGUGCCUUGCUGGUGGGUGUAUUUUCCUUACCAGACUUCUAAUUCUUUCCAUUUUUUCCUUUUUCAGUUUUUGUCUUUCAUCUUUUUCAGUGCAUGCACGCACACAUGUUUAAGUCUUAAUUUAAAGAUUUAUUGUUUCCUUCUGUGAAAAAUUCUUGACAUUGUGAGGAGUUUCUACCUGUUGGAGCCCAGAUAUAUUACUGCAUUUUGGGAGAGGCUGUGAAAUUUCAUUGGUUUUCUUUCCUUUUGAAGAAGGAAGGGAAGCUGUGGGCAUACAGAUGAUAUGGAUUGGGUCUCUUGUCCUCAUUUAGAUCUUUGCAUUUUUGACUUUUUGCUUUCUGAGAUUUACUAUCUGCCAGAACUAGUUUGGCUAAAGCUUUAAAAAAAUCAGAUCUUAAAAAGGGCAUAAUUUUUAUUAGACUGUGUCUGAUGUUAAAUCUAGAUGUGUAAUAGUAUUAAGGCCUGACCUGUCUCUCAGUAGCUUAUAUUUGUGAGAGUUAAAAGAUGGAAACCUUAUUUUUCUGUGUUUACUGGUUCUUGAUGCCACAUCUUGAAGGUGUCUUAUGCUGGCUGAAACUUCAAGUCUAAAAUGAGUCACUCUGGAAGAAUUAAAUCUCUAGAGAGCUGAGAACUGCAGUGCCUGGUUGUGUGCACUGGAUUUCCUUCCUGGUACAAACAGGCAACAAGGCAGUGGACUGUAAUGCCAACAGGUUUCUUUGGAAAUGCUGUCAGGUUGAAAAGAAGAGAUUUGUGUUAAUUGUGAGAUUUGGGAAGUCACAGAAAUAGUAAACCUUCUGAAACUGGCAGGGCUUGGGAGUGGGUACCUCCCAUCCUUGGUGCCUGGGGAGAGUUGUGUGGAGUCAGAAGAAAACUGGCUGUUUUCAAGCAUCUCAGUCCAAAUGCUGUCAGAUUCUGCAGUGAGCACGUACCCAUAAUAUUUCCUGAGUCCUGGGCUUUUAAUCCCCUUGCAGGUUUGCUAAAUGGCUGCAGUUUUUAGGAAACAUACUGUUGAACUUCUCUUUUAAGGAUGAUCUCAGUCUCUUCGGUGCUUUAACAAGAUGUGUUUUCAGUUCUCCUGAGAACCAUUUCCAAGGUGCAAUUGGCUGAUAAUGACUCCACAAAGAGCAGUGAAAUGAGAAGGAAGGCACUGUGUGCUCUGCCCUGAAUUCCUGAUGGAAGCAUCACACUUGUCUGGUGUCAGCUCUGUUUUAAGCUCACAAGGUCUGGCUCUGCUCCCAGGGAACAAAUAAAAAGUUGCACCUGGGGAGGUUUAGAUUGGCUAUUAUGGAAAAUUUCUACACUGAGUGGGACUGUUUGGCCCAGCUGGUCUGUCAGAGUCACUCUGCAUGUGAUCAGAGCAUUGGUUUUAGCCUUUCACUGCUUUCUGCUGCUCACUUAUAAAUAAUUGGACACCCCCCUGACAUUGUGUUGAAGUGUUUUGGAGGCUCUGGUGAGCUGUAGCAGCUGAUGCUGUGUCAGCUCCAGUGGUUCAUGUUCAACAGGGCUCUCAGUUUCCCUUUGAUCAACUCUGGGGCAGUCACAGGGUGGGAUGUCACUGUCCCCAUGGAGACCUUUCUCAAUGACCAGGUGCAGUCGCUCAAAAUCAAAGCUCCUGUGCCCCUGAGUGUCCAGAUUCUACUUUACCCGAUCCUUAAGGAUGGAAACCUUUCUCUGAAGGGGGAGCUGAGCAAGGGAGUGGAGAAUUGAAGCUCUGUCCUCAUGAAGACCCUUUGCUCUGUGGGCUUUGGCUGUUUAUUGCCAUUGCUCCUGUUCUCCUUGGAGUGCUGUAUGACACAAUUCCAUGUGGCUGCCCACCACAGGGAAAGCUGCUGCCAGCUUUUCCAGGGAAGCAUCAGGGGAUUUUCUUCUCAGAGAGAACCACAAGAUGGAGCAAAAUGAUUCCAGGAGCUCCUGUGUUUGACAUCCCCCUCUUUCUGUCUAAAAACAUCAACAAGAAAAGCUAUUGGAGACCCACUGCAAAGCUGGAAAAACCUGCCAUGGAAUGCCAGGACGUGUGGAAAACAGCAGGGCUGAGUUUCCAUCUGCUGCUGGGCUUUGGAACUUCAGAGAGGGCUGUUCCAAGGUUAAGGGCACUCUGAGCAAACUGAAGAUCUCUCCUGGCAAUGCAUCUCAGCAUCUUGUUUGAGUCCUGCAGCAAAGGAGCUGUUGUGAGACAGAAUCUGUUCUGUGCAGCACUGCCCAUACAGCUUUCACCUACAGCCUGAACAGAAAUUAGCUCAAGUCUCUCUGGCUGUGAACAGAAAUUAGCUCAAGCCUCUCUGGCUGUGUUCUGUGUGUCACUGGCCAUUGAUUAGGAAACACUGUGCUGGAUAAGCAGCUGGCAGUGUCACCUCCUGCCACCACUCCAGCAGCUGCCCUGUGGCUCACUCAGAGCCUUGGGGUUGGUGUUGAGUCCUCAGGACUGCUGGCACAGUUGGUUUUCUGUUUGUGGCUGAACUGUGCUCAGCUGCUGCUGCUGCCUCCCUGCAGAACAUCAGAACCUAGAAACUGAUGGUCAGUCCACUAGAUAGAGAAAAUCUGGUUAUUUUAUCAGCAUGUGGUGUACUGGCCUUCACCAGCCUGAGGUAAGGGGCUGAUGCUGAAGAUUGUUCCAUGAAUUUGGAAUUGUAUUAGGUUUCUAGAGAAAGUGAGGAUUCAUGGAUCCAAACUUGCCUGUGCAGCUAUGGCUGUUUUAUUGAUGCUUCUUUUUUCUUAAUUCACAUUUUCCAGGCCAUGCAGGAGGUUGGAUUGAAUUCUCAUGUGUCUGCUUCUCCUGUUUUUGUGUCGUUCUGGGUUUUGCACUGAGGUGCAUCAAACCUGAAUGGUGCAAAGAGGUUACAGGAAUACAAACUUCAGGCUGUUACAGGAUCCAACAGAUACCACAGGGGUGCAAGAGAAGAGUGUUGUUUGUGAAAUGUUUUUGUCCUCCUUCUCAGGUUUAAAUUACUGCCUCUGAGAAGACAGAGGACUCAAUGAUCCUAACAAUUCUAACCUAAACAAUUCUGUGAUUCCAAGGCUAGUUCUAGGAGCCAAAAAAACCCCAAAGUGCCAGAUUUGUCUAGAACACAAUUAAGCAAUGGAGGUGGGGCCCUUGUGCUAAGCCAUGGCCACUCACACACCCCCUGAAAUGUUUGGGCUCACAAGUCACCUCAAUCUUCCUUGUGUUUCUGUUUUUGCAGAGCUGACCCUGAACCCACCAGAAGGGAUUGUGGCAGGUCCCAUGAAUGAAGAGAACUUCUUUGAAUGGGAAGCCCUGAUCAUGGGUCCUGAAGACACCUGUUUUGAGUACGGGGUUUUCCCUGCCAUCCUGAGUUUCCCGCUCGAUUACCCGCUGAGCCCUCCGAAGAUGAGGUUCACGUGUGAGAUGUUCCAUCCCAACAUUUACCCAGAUGGCAGAGUGUGCAUCUCCAUCCUUCAUGCUCCUGGGGAUGACCCCAUGGGCUACGAGAGCAGCGCGGAGCGGUGGAGCCCCGUGCAGAGCGUGGAGAAGAUCCUCCUGUCAGUUGUGAGCAUGCUGGCAGAGCCAAAUGAUGAAAGUGGAGCCAAUGUAGAUGCCUCCAAGAUGUGGCGGGAAGACAGAGAACAAUUUAACAAAAUUGCCAAGCAGAUUGUGCAGAAGUCACUUGGACUUUAAGCUCACAGAGAGACUGAAGUGUUUUGUAUUUCUCUCCACCUGGAAACGAGCAGUGCUCAGUGCUGGUACCAAAAAGGAAAACUUUGUAAAACUAUUGGCCUAGUUCUUAUAAUUCGUUAUUUAUUUACCAUCUCUUUUCUUCCACUGCUCCAGAGAAGCCUCUAGUUCACUCACUAAAUUGUGAAAAAGGGAUUUAAUGGUAGAGAAAAAUACAGAGACAAUGCUGUUUCAAAGGCUGCUUGCUGCUGCCUUACUUUGUGGUGUGGAAAGCCUGGAGACUUGGCAAUCUGCAGCCCUCCCUCACCCAUCUGCUGUUGGAGAGCAGUGCUGCUUUGGAUCGUCUGCUGGCAGAAUUAGUUGUGUUUUUAUAGGUAGCAUUGCAUCUGGAGCAGCAGUAGGCAGGAAUUACUCUAUCCAUUCUGUACUUGUUAGGUUAAGGGCAGCAGUUGCAGUCAGAUCUGAUUUGAAGAGUAUAGUUAGCAGGAGAGGCUGUAAAGCAGGGCUGUAGUCAAGGUGUGUUAGCAAAGAAAGGAACUGUAGGGAGUGAGCUGUGAGGACUGGCUGGGGGUCUGGAAUGGCCUGGUGUUCCCAUGUACCACUGUGAGUUUGUACUGAGCCUUUGAGUCAGUGUUGGCUUGGCAGAAAUCCCAAGAGCUGCUUUAUUAGUCCUUGAAGACACUCAGUUGUAAACUUGACACUCAGAGGCAUGAGGUGUAAAGGCUGGAUUGUGCAAGGUCACCUGGGUGAGGCAGGUUGGAAAAUCCAGUGAGGAUGUGUUUGCUGGGCUGGGCAUGUUCACAGCUCUGCAGGAAUAUCAGCUCACUCUGGUGGCAUGUGAGUGUUGAGAGGGUUUGGCACUGCUUUGCCAUUCCAGCCCUGUCACCCAUUUCCAGGUGAAGGAGCCAAGGUGAGCAUGAUGGACUUACAGAAGUGACCUGUGGCACUACACUGAGUGCUCUUGUGCAUUAAAUGGGAGCCAGAGAGCAUGGGCUGUUUGCUGAGCAUGGCACUGUGUGUGCUUUGGACAUUUGCAGUGUUGUAGCCAGUGUGAGGAGUGAAAUCCAGCUGGUCAGUUCCUAAAUCUGCUGAGGGGCCUCUGCUGACCUUUCUGCUUUGCAAGCCAAUCUCGUGUGUUGGUCCAAAUUUCUCCAAUUUACUACAAGCAAUAACAUGCCCACUGAUAGCACAUGGAAUCCAAUUUUGUUGGCAGCUUUAAAUGGGCUAAAUUUGACAAGGGCUGGUUUGUUUUUUUGGUUUUUUUAAUGUGAAAAAUUGUGAUGUGGAAGGAGUCACACCAUGAAGAAAGCUUUACAGAGGCGAUGGUGUGCAUGUGUGUGGUACAACUGCUCAGCAUUUCUGUCUUGCUGUCUGUGCUGCACAUCACACUUUGCCAUCGUUGUGCACCUCUGGAGAGUUGUAUUGCUACAACCUGCUGAUUUUACCUCCUUGUAGAAGUAAUUGUGGCUUUGAUGUCGGGGUGGAAGUGGGACUGGACAUAGCUUGGGAGCAGAGAUGAUGAAAUAGUGUUGUACCUAACUAGUAUUUCAAGGCAUACAGGAAAAUGUAGCACUUUAUGCAAACUGGGAGUGUUUUCUGGAGUAGAGGGAGGAUUGUUCCUGGGAGUCCUGCAGCCAUCUUUGGGAACAACCCUGGAGAGCUGCAGGAGCCACUGCAGAAACACAGAUGUGGCAAAAGUGGGGUUUGCUUAAGUGCUGAGUGUUUCAUUCAUGUGUGCUUGCUCAUUAUCUUGAUUUUAUGGUGGGAUUUAGUCUGUAUACUGAAAAUAAAGUGCUUAUAUUUUCUCCUUU